CGUAUUUUGUGUCAAACGUUGCCCUCACCGGGAAAAACAUGAAAGUAUAAGUGCUUUAUGUAAGUGUUAUUGUUUCGGAUCACUCGAACGUCUGUAUAGUCUCUUUUUUUUCAACCAGAAAUGCUUGCACACACUUACACUCAGGUAGUUUGUACACAUUCACUAUCACCAAGCACCACAACUACCACAAUCACUCCCUCGAUCUGAGCAUUAUAUAUAUGUAUGUGUGUACGUAUAAGAGCACGUAUCAUUUGAAAAGCUUGUCUUGAUAGUUCUUUUCAUUUAAUAGUCUGUGCUGAGCCAACUUUUUCAUGUAAAUAUUUGGGAUUUUACGUAACACCAUCAUCGCCAGCAGCGACGGUAACCACAAAAUCCGAUCCUAACUUCAAAUUUUACUAUGUGAGAUUAAUCAAUACAGCAACCACUAGCAACAACAGAAUUACCUGGUUGUCAAAAAUUCACCUCAAUGAUAGAAGAAAAACCCAAACAAGGACAAAGUUUUACAUAUAAAGGAGAAAGGUGCACUUAAAUAAGACAGCUGAUUGAGAGGAAUCUAAAUUAGUAAACCUCAUCAAAACUGCUGCAUUUAAAAAAGACAGUCGCACCAUAAUGCAAUAUGUCUUUGCUACAAAUAGAUAUUUGAUGUUCCAAAAUGGAUGAAAGAAAGUUAAAACUAACAAAUAGUUUCAUUGAAAUGAUGUUACUAGUUGGUAUGGAUGAUACCACUGGUUUGUGUCCAUUUAACACUCAGAUUUAUCCACAAAAAUCUAUCACCAGUUUACAUAAUAUGUUCGCUCUGACAUACGAACCAAAGCUUCUCAGUUGUUUUUCAUCCAAUGUUGUUACACAUUUUUAUCCAUGCCUGGUGGAAGAAAUUCUCACAGAUACUGCAGUAUCAGAUCCAAAACUACAACAAAUAUUCCCCAGAGACUACAGCCAAUCAAAUAUAGAGACAAGAUCUGCAGAUAAUGAACAAAAUUCUGAAAAUGCCAGUCAAAGUAGUUUGCUUGCUGAUAUUGAAAACAUUGCUCACUUUUGCUUCCCAGAUGGAUCAAAAGUAUACAAGAAAAAACCAAAAGAAAACAUGGUCCAUUAUUUGGUUUUAACCAGUUACACUGGUGACAGAUCAUAUGCAACAUGCUUAACAUUCUUUCGAGAGUAUCAAGCUGUUUUGAGUGCUGAUGGCUCAGUAUCUCUGGAACAACAACAGCAGCAGCAGGACAAUUCGGAAUCAGAUGUAGGUUCUGUCUUCUCAGAAAGCUCUACUGCAUCUACCAUCACUGUUUACAUACCACAAUGCUGUACCUUAAUCUCCAAACAGCCUUACUUCACUGUGAUGAAAGAAUGCUUGUCACUGCUGAUCAACAGAGUGGAAACCCUACACAGUCAUUCUGAACAAACUCGGGAAUUUCAGAAAUAUAUCCGGCAACUCAGUCUGACCCCAAUACCCCCUGUUGGCCCUUUGUCUGUGAGUCUAUGUCUGUUUGGUCACACGAUAAUUAUCCAUCCUCCCAGUCAUGCCAGUUUACCAAUCUUCGAUCUACCUUACAACUUGGUAUUCAUCUGUUUCUCUUUGGACACUAUCAUCAAGAUUGUAACAUGUAUUCUAACUGAAAGACAGAUUGUUUUUGCAUCAUCCAGUUUUGGCCUACUGACCAUAAUCACAGAGACAUUCUGUUCUUUUAUCCACCCAUUCUCCUGGGAACAUGCCUAUGUGCCUAUUGUACCUCAUUUAUGUCUUGAGCUGCUUGAUGCACCAGUGCCAUUCAUCAUGGGUUGUCAUGUGAAACAUCUCCACACAGUCAGUCAAAUUACAGACCUCAUUAUUGUUAAUAUUGAUGAGGGAUCACUCAGCCUGGAAAAUACUACAACUGUACUCCCUGAAAUGCCAGCAGAACCAGUCAAACUGCUGCAAGAUGUCUAUGAAAAGAUUCGUUUUAACUUUGACUUGAUUGAAGCUGUAACCCCAACAAGCUUCAGCCACAAGAAGGAUGUGGAGUUUCGGAAGCAAAAGAACACUCUUUUUAACAGACAAAUUCAACAUUCUUUUGUGGAACUUAUGGUGAAUUUGUUCAGAAAUGUCGUAAGUGAGCCAAAAUAUUUCAAACCUGAGAAAAUGCUGAAGCAGCAACUUCCAGAAUAUGUGCCAUUUUACACAGAGGUAUUUGAGACUACGCUGUUUAAACGGUUUAUGGCCACCAUAGCAUCUGGAAGAUCAACUUAUUGGUCUGAACUAGAAGUAAAAACAAGGCCACUUUCUCGACAAGCAUCAACUCUUUCUGAAGAAUUGAGGCUACAUAAAAACCAUACAUCUUCUUUGGGUUUUGUAUCUACUUGGUUUACAGGCCAUUCAACAAAUCCUUCCUUACUGAUACCAUUGAUCGACAAUAUAGAUUUCUGUAAAGGUUACCUAAAUAGCUGUGUAGACCUUUGUACAAAGGAACUUCAGGAGGAGCGUCAUUUCAGUGAACGUGCUUCCCUAAUAUACCUACGAAGUAUGUUUCUCCUUGCCUGCUCUAAACAUAUGUUAGCAUUUGCAGAUCUGGUUAACCUUCACAGAACAGCAAAAACUAUCAACAUACCAUCAAAACUCAUAAAAGAAGUGUCCAGAAAAAUACCACAACACAAGCGCAAUGAUGAUUACCACCGCUUGCUGAGAGAUUAUGGAAUAUCAAACAUGGAUGAAUCUGAUCGUCAAAGAUCUUAUGGAAAAUCUUUAAAUACACUGAAAUUACCAAAUCAUGAUAUUCAAUUAGGAGAAUUCCUGCAACUGCUACAUAUCUUAGAUGUGUGUCAUUGCUAUAAUAUGAAGAACAACUUGUUCACCGUACUCUGUAAACUUCAAAAACAGACUUGUAUAAGCCCCAAAUCUUUGUCCCUUUUCCUGGAAUCCUGGCAGAAGAACCAGGAACACUUCUCCCGCCUACCAGCCAUCAAAAAAGAGCUGACCUUUAUCGAAUGGAUUAUAGCAGUGUCAUCUCUCAUUUUGACCAGUAAUGGAAUGGGAUAUUUAGUACUUACCAACCGAAGGUUAUUAUUCAUUAAACUGGGUUCCAAGAAACCACUGGUGGUCCUCCGUAUUCAAUUAAUUGAUAAGAUUGAGAAAAAAUCUAAACAGUCAGCUUUUACUCAAAUUGAUGGUUUGGUUAUUUAUUUUGCCGAAAAGAAGACUUUCAGUGCUUGGUUAAAAAAAGAGCGUGAUAUCUGGUACUUGAUGUUAUCUGAAGUGUGGGCAGCCAAGUUAUAUUCUAAAGAUCACAAGGAUGAUACAGCAAUUAUAUCUGGUGCAGAAACAGCCUGUGCACUCUUGGCAAUAUUCAGUUGUCAACAUUCUCUGGCAGCGAGCAACGUUAACAUUGAUAAUGUGAUACGUCAAAUGUGUCAUUUCUCUAAUCUCCAUUCCCUUGGCCAACUAACCCUGCCUGGACCAACGAGAGAACUCUUGCAGAAGAAAAUCAGCCCAUGUCAAGAAGAAGUUGGUCAGAAUGUUUUGAGAUUGUUAUACCUGAGUAGAGAAUCAAGAGCCCAACUGUGGUGUUCACUAAGUGGUGGUACAGUGAGAGUUUUUGAUGCAAUUGUCUGGGAGCUGGAGAACACAUUCAUAAAAACCCUUGGUGACGUGAUGUGUUUAUACUCACCUGAUAACAGAAAUAUCUGGGCUGGAAGCUACCAUAUUUACAUAAUCUCAUCAGAGAGUAUAAAAUGUGUCACCCAGUUACUAGAACACAAUAACAGAGUUGUUGCUAUUAUUGAAGCUGAAAGAAAAGGAUUGGUAUUUACAGCCAGCUGGGAUGGAACGAUCUUCAAAUGGGAUGCUGAAAGUUUAAAAAUAGAACACAGGAUCUGUUUAAAGGAUGUUGAAUAUCUGCAUGAUAUUCAGUUCUGUGUCAAUUUUCUCUGGUGUGCUUGUGAACAUAAAACACUUAUGGUAUCACCUGAGGGUGUAUUGUUGAAAGAAAUUGACAAAAUCUGCCAAGACUUACCUCAACUUGUUCCAGUUCAAUGCUAUCAUCUUUUGACUGAAAACGAUGAGAUGUGGAUUGGUUAUUCAUCCAUUGGUGCAGUAUAUAUCUUGGACUCUGCCAAAUUCACUCUGAAAGAGAAACUUAUACUUAAACACAAUGGUCGUAGUCGACGUGGCGUGACAACAAUUGUUAAAGCCAAAGAUAUGAUGUGGAUUGGCACCAAAGAAGGAACAAUACAUGUGUAUAACAAGCACACAUACCAGAAUGUUGUUGUUUUGGAUGGUCAUAUGGAUGCAGUGUAUUGCUUGUAUUCCGUUGAGGACCGAUAUAUAAUUAGUGGUUCUGGCAGCAAAGACAGUAAAAUUGCUAUUUGGAGUGUAGGAAAACUGAAUUUUUUACUUAAUCGAAUUUCUUCUCAGAACCAGGUUCCAGACACAUUACUCUGAUUCGAUUAACCAGUCUGCAACUACACCUUGACUUUUCAUCUGAGACCAACCAUGACUAUUGACAGAGCUAACAUAGAAUGCACUAAACAUUGGUCACAAGUUAGUAUUUACUGCUUCAGGUACUUAGCUGUGAUCAUGAAUAUAGCAAUAUAUUUGCUCAUUUCCUGGAGUAAAAAGUAAUUCUAAAACAUAAAAAAUAUAGCAUGCUCUGCUCCAAACUUCAUGGUUGAGUGAGGAGUGUUCAGAACAAUACUUGGCUGUGAGAAACAAAAGUUGUUCCAACAAAUAAGUCCUAUCACUCAUGCAAGUAUGUGAAAAUGGCUUUUAAAACGGUGGAAAAACUAAAUUAUAUAUAUAUACACACACACACACACACAUACAUAUACAUAU